AUGACCCGCAAGCAAGGUGGAAACUUUCAGGUUUGGACAAAGUCGAAUGAAUCGUGUCCGGAAGGUACCAUUCCCAUUCGAAGAACAACCGAACAAGAUCUACUCCGAGCAAGUUCUAUCGAAAGAUUUGGGCGAAAACUAAGUCCGAUUUCAAAGACAGAUGAAGGAGGCCAUGAGCAUGCGAUCGCAAGGACAAAAGGGACUUUUCGCGGAGGAAAGGCAUUUUUUAAUGUUUGGAAACCUAAGGUGGAGAAUUCAGAUGAAUUUAGCUUAACACAAAUGUGGGUAGUGGUAGGUACUUAUGAGAAUCAUGAUCUCAACUCAGUUGAAGCUGGUUGGCAGAGGGAUGCUUAUGAGAAAACAGGAUGUUACAAUUUGUUGUGUGAAGGUUUUGUUCAAUUCAGCAGCAAAAUAUUGGUUGGGGGAUCCAUCACACCUGUUUCCACAUACAAUGGACAACAAUUUGGUAUUGACUUGCACAUUUGGAAGGAUGCAGAUGCAUGGUGGCUAGAGGUUGAAGGAGAGACCGUGGGCUACUGGCCAUCAUCAAUAUUCACACUUUUGUGGAGUAGUAAGGAUACGAUCGUUGAUUUUGGAGGCGAAGUAUUUAUAGGCCGGAUGCCAUCAUCGGGGCACACGACGACCGAAAUGGGGAGUGGCCAUUUCCCUUCGGAAGGGUUCAAGAAAGCAGCUUUCAUUAGAAAUAUGCAAGUUGUCGAUGAGAAUGGCGCACUAAUUCCCGCUCCGAUUAGCAAAGUUAUUAUAGACUCGAAUACUUGCUAUAACAUGGAAGUGCAUCUACCGACUAAAGAUCCGAUUUGGGGAACUUUUAUCUAUCAUGGAGGACCGGGAAAAAGUUCUAUUUGCCCCUUGGAGCGAUUUUGA